AUGGCCUCAGACUCAUCUGCCCAAGCAUCGGGGUUUAAGAAGUUAUCAGAAUCAGCCAUUAUCUCCGAUUCAGAAUUCGAUACUGACGAAUUAUCAACCCACCCUGAAGAAAUUAAAUCACAUCCACCUAUUAGAAGAUCAUCAUCGUUAUUUUCAUUGAAAGAUGAAUUACCAAGACCUGAUCAAAAGGAGUACACAGCCUUUAUUGAAGAUAAUAGACAUUUUUCAUUAAUUAGAAAUUUACAUAUGGCUGAUUUCAUUACUUUAUUAAAUGGAUUUAGUGGAUUUUAUUCAAUUAUCUCAUGUUUAAGAUAUACUUUAACUGGAAAAUCUCAUUAUGUUCAAAGAGCUCAUUUCUUUAUCUGUUUAGGAUUAUUCUUUGAUUUCUUUGAUGGUAGAGUUGCAAGAUUAAGAAACAAAGCUUCAUUAAUGGGUCAAGAGUUAGAUUCCUUAGCCGAUUUAAUAUCUUUUGGAGUAAGUCCUGCUACAAUUGCUUUUGCUAUUGGAUUUCAAUCCACUGUUGAUGUCUUACUCUUAACUUUUUGGGUCUUAUGUGGAUUAACAAGAUUGGCUAGAUUUAAUAUUACUGCUCAAGUAAUUCCUAAAGAUGAACAUGGUAAAUCAAAAUAUUUUGAAGGAUUCCCAAUUCCUACUAAUUUAGCCUGGGUGUUUUUCUUUGCUUUCUUGGUUUACAAAGAUUGGAUUGAAGAUCAAAUUCCUCUUGGUUAUCUUUUUAAAGAUACUGCGUUUGAAUUUCAUAUUAUUUCCAUUGGAUUCGCCUUACAAGGAUGUGCUGAAAUAUCCAAAUCAUUAAGAAUUCCAAAACCAUAA